AUGGCUGAUGUUUUGGAUAUUGAUAAUGCUGAAGAAUUUGAAGUAGAUGACGAUGGUGAUCAGGGAAUUUUACGGCUUAAGGAAAAGGCCAAAAAGAAGAAAGGCCGUGGUUUUGGAGCAGAAUCAUCACAUCGCGAGCCGAUUGACUAUGAAAGUGUUCGUGAUGAUAAUGAAGAAGCUGAACCUGGACCUCAAAGAUCUGUCGAAGGAUGGAUCCUUUUCAUAACAUCAAUUCACGAAGAAGCACACGAAGAUGACAUUCAAGAAAAAUUCUGUGAGUUUGGUGACAUUAAGAAUCUUCAUCUGAACCUUGACCGGCGUACAGGAUUUUUGAAGGGAUAUGCUCUUGUCGAGUAUGAAACAUACAAGCAAGCACUUGCAGCUAAAGAAGCAAUGGAUGGAGCAGAAAUUCUCGGACAAAAAAUCAACGUUGACUGGUGCUUUGUGAAAGGUCCGAAAAGAUCACGCAAAUCUGGUGAUCGUAAGAAGAGACAGUAA